AUGCCACGCGCGCCGCGGUGCCGGGCCGUGCGCGCCCUGCUGCGCCGCCGCUACUACGAGGUGCUGCCGCUUGCCGCCUUCGCGCGGCGCCUGGGGCCCGAGGGCGCGCGGCUUCUGCGGCGCGGGGACCCGGCGGCCUUCCGCGCGCUGGUGGCGCAGUGUAUGGUGUGCGUGCCCUGGGACGCGCGGCCGAUGUAUCCUGGGACCCCCUCCUUCCGCCAGGUGUCCAGCCUGAAGGAGCUGGUGGCCCGCGUGGUGCAGCGGCUGUGCGAGCGCGGUGCGCGGAAUGUGUUGACCUUCGGCUUCGGGCUGCUGAACGAGGCGCGCGGCGGGCCGCCCCUGGCCUUCACCACGAACGUGUGCCACUUCCGGCCCAACACGGUGACUGACUCGCUGCGCGGCAGCGGCGCCUGGGGGCUGCUGCUGAGCCGCCUGGGCGAUGACGUGCUGGUCCACUUGCUGUCGCGCUGCGCGCUCUACCAGCUGGUGGCGCCCAGCUGCGCCUACCAGGUGUGCGGGCAGCCGCUACACGAGCUUGGCGGCCUCACGGCGUCCCAGCGCCGCGCGCCACAUCCCCGCCCGGUCCUCGGGUCCCUGCGCCGCGCCCCCAGCUGCAGCGCAGGUGCCAGUCCGACCCCGCCCAAGAAGCCCAGGCACGGCCUGGGAAACGGCGAGCCGCGCGUUGUGUCGCCCGGAGCUGCGUCCCUCGAAGGCGAGCCGUCGCGGUCGAGGGACAGCAGAAGCACUACCGGGCCCCGUGAGGCCACCGAGACCAAGCGCUUCCUCUACUCGCGGGUGGGCGGCGGCGCGGAGCGGCUGCGCGCCUCCUUCGUGCUCAGCGCGCUGCCACCCAACAUGACCGGGGCGCGCAGGCUCGUGGAGGCCCUAUUCCUGGGCCCACCGCCCGUCAGGCCCGGGCCACCCUACCGCUCCCGCGCGCGCCGCCUGGCCCCGCGCUACUGGCGGAUGCGACCCCUGUUCCGUGAGCUGCUGGCCAACCACGCGCGGUGCCCCUACGGCGCGCUGCUCCGCGUGCACUGCCCGCUGCGGGUCUCGGUCGACCCCGAAGGCGACGCGGGCGCACAGCGCCUGGCUCAGCUGCUGCGCGCACACUGCAGCUCUUGGCAGGUGUACGCCUUCCUGCGAGCCUGCCUGCACCUCCUGGUGCCCGCCGGCCUCUGGGGCUCCAGGCGAAACGAGCGCCGCUUCCUGCGGUGCACCAAGAGGUUCCUCUCCCUGGGCAAGCACGGCAAGCUGUCGCUGCGGGAACUCACGUGGAAGGUGAAAGUGCGGGACUGCGCAUGGCUGCGCGCGAGCCCAGGGGAUGCCUGCGUCCCGGCUGCCGAGCACCGCCUGCAGGAGCGGCUCCUGGCCACCUUUCUGUUCUGGCUGCUGGACACCUAUGUGGUUGAGCUGCUCAGGUCCUUCUUCUAUGUCACGGAGACCACGUUCCAGAAAAACAGACUCUUCUUCUACCGCAGGAGCCUGUGGCGGGAGCUGCAGAGCAUCGGCGUCAGGCAGCACUUUGAGAGGGUGCAGCUGCGGGAGCUGUCGGCUGCGGAGCUCAGGCAGCACCAGGAAGCCCGGCUGGCCCUGCCCACAUCCAGGCUGCGCUUCGUCCCCAGGCUCAGUGGGCUCCGACCCAUUGUGAACAUGGACUGCAUGGCCCAGCAGUGCACCCCACGCAUCCGGACCCUGUUCAGCGUGCUGAAUUACGAGCGGGCACGGUGGCCCAAGCUCCUGGGCGCCUCUGUGCUGGGCCUGGAUGACACCUACAGGGCCUGGCGGGCCUUCGUGCUGCGCAUGCGUGCCCAGGACCCUGCACCCCGGCUGUACUUCGUCAAGGCAGACGUGUCUGGGGCAUAUGACGCCCUCCCACAGGACAAAGUGGCAGAGGUGGUGGCUAGUGUCCUCAGGCCCUGGGAGAACACGUACUGUGUCCGCCGCUACGCCGUGGUGCAGAGAGCCGCCAGGGGACACACGCGCAGGGCGUUCCGGAGACACGUCUCCACCCUCCCCGACCUCCAGCCGUACAUGAGCCGCUUUGUGGAGCACCUGCAGGAGGCAUGCAGGCUGAGGGACGCCGUGGUCAUCGAGCAGAGCUGCUCUCUGAAUGAGACCGGCUGCAGCCUGUUCGACUUUUUCCUGCGCUUCCUGCGGGGCAGCAUCUUGAGGAUCGGGGGCAGGUGCUAUGUCCAGGGCCGGGGGAUCCCCCAGGGCUCCAUCCUGUCCACGCUGCUCUGCAGCCUCUGCUACGGGGACAUGGAGAACAUGCUGUUCACCAGGGUGCAGCAGGACGGGGUGCUCUUGCGCUUGGUGGAUGACUUCCUGUUGGUGACGCCUCACCUGGCCCAGGCGAGAGCCUUCCUUGGGACCCUUGUCCGUGGCAUCCCUGAGUACGGCUGCACACUGAACCUGCAGAAGACGCUGGUGAACUUCCCCGUGGAGGACGGUGUCCUGGGUGGCCCUGCCCCGCUGCAGCUGCCCACGCACUGCCUGUUCCCCUGGUGCGGCCUACUGCUGGACACCCGCACGCUGGAGGUGCGCUGCAACUAUGCCAGUUACGCACGGACGUCCAUCAGGGCCAGCCUCACCUUCGACCGCGGCAUCAGGGCGGGGUGGAGCAUGCGCCGCAAGCUGCUGGCCAUCCUACGGCUGAAGUGCCAUGGCCUCUUUCUAGACCUGCAGGUGAACAGCCUGCGGACGGUGCUCAUCAACAUCUACAAGAUAUUCCUGCUGCAGGCCUACAGGUUCCACGCCUGUGUGCUGCAGCUGCCGUUCCACCAGCCGGUUCGCAAGAACGCCCCGUUCUUCCUCCGCAUCAUCUCCGACUCAGCCUCCCGCUGCUACUCCAUCCUGAAAGCCAAGAAUGCAGGGGUGUCUCUGGGGACCAAGGGCGCCACUGGCCCAUUUCCCUCUGAAGCUGCCCGGUGGCUCUGCCACCAGGCCUUCCUGCUCAAGCUGGGUCAUCACCGUGCCACCUACAAGUGUCUUCUUGGCCCACUCAGGACAGACUCAGCUGCGUGGGAAGCUCCCCAAGGUGACGAUGGCCGCCCUGGAGGCUGCAGCCGACCCCGCCCUGACCAUGGACUUCAAGACCAUCCUGGACUGAGGCCAGCACUCCACCACCCUCAUCCGUACCUGUCUCAGGAGGGGCCUGCCUGCCCGAAGCUCUGGAACUGCUGAGGCUGCUGGGGUGCCGGCAGGGGUUUCCAGUGCCUCCUUGGCGAA